ACGUACGCACGCAUGCGCGAUUAUAUAAAGGUGCAGCUUGUCGAGCUCUCUUCUUGCACCAGACAAACCCGUCAGCAAUAAAGGAGAUGGCUGAAGGCGAGUGGGGAGAAGUUACGUUCAAGAAGAGGCCCAUGAGAGCUGCCGAGGCUAAGUCCCAAAAGGCUCUCAACCAAGCCCAGAGAAAAGGCCAGGGGAUCGAGACGUCCAAGAAAUUUACUGCGGCCACUAACAAGCAGCAUUCAGCGGCAAAAGACACUGCCAAGCUGGACAGGGAGACAGAACAGCUUCGCCACGACACCGUUACCCUCAGUUUAUCACGAGCUCUCCAGCAGGCCAGGGUCGCCAAGACCUGGUCUCAGAAAGAUCUGGCCACUAGGAUCAAUGAGAAACCGCAGGUGGUUAAUGAGUACGAGUCAGGGAAGGCGAUUCCCAACCAGCAAAUCAUUGUUAAACUGGAGAGGGCAUUGGGGGUGAAGUUGAGGGGUAAGGAUAUCGGGAUGCCCCUUGGACCAAAGAAGAAGUGAUUCAAGGGGCAGAACACUGCUUUCUUCCCAAAUCAUCAUUAUUGUGUGUGUGUGAUGCUGAUGUGAUGUAACCGUCCGCAAUGAAUGAUUUUCACUGCCAAAGUAGAUGACAUAGCGCUAGUAUAAUUGAGUACACACUCGGAAGGACAGGGUAAUAACCUAAGUACGAACAAUUUAGCCCACCUUAUGCAUACAAAAUCUUUGUCAUCCCAUUUUUAGCAGUAACUAUUGAGGGUGGCUUACACUGCACUCUUCAGCUAUAGUCAAUGUAUUCAGGAUGGUUUGUUAGCCUGUCCUUCCGUUUGUGUACUCAA